AUGGUAGCAAUAUGUAUUGUGCAAGUCAAAUCUAACCGUCGUUCUUUACUACAGCGCGUAAAGGAUUUUGAUGACACCGUCAAACAAGUGCUUCAUCUGCUUCAUAUGCGUGAUAGUGAUGGUACCGCAGAAGGCAAAACUGAAGUAUUCUUCUUUGCUGGCUGGCGCGGCGAGGGACUGGUAGCAUCUGCUGUUCUUAGAGCUCUAGCCGAACGCCUAAAAUCUGAAAGAACCGAUUCUGGCAUGACAAGGCAUUUUGAGAAAAUUAUCCACGUCGAUUGCUCUUUGUGGAAAAACAGAAGGACGAUGCAGAGGGCAAUUGCAGAGGCAUUAAACCUUCACCACUUAAUGUACACAUUUGAUGCGAGGGAUGAAGAAGAUGAUUUCAGAGGGGUAGAUGACAACUCUAGAGCAGUAAUAAAUAGCGUCGGAAGUGCGAUCAACCGGUGCCUAAUAAACAAAAGAUUCCUGAUGAUUUUUCACUAUGGAGGAGAUGAAAAUAUUGAUCUCACAGAGUCAGGCGUUCCUUUUUUUGGUGAAGGUAAGUUGUUAUGGACCAAGCAUGGAAGAUUUCAGUUCUCACGGAAAGAACUGAAGGUGAUGUCCAGUUCUGUUAAUAUACGUAUGUAUAUCACUCCCGACCAAGGCAUAUAUAUUAGGCCACAAGUGCGUGCUUUAUUGCACAAAGAAGCUGCUGAAGUGAUGGGUUACACCAGCAUGGAUGAAAUCAAGCCAUCAAUAGUUGUGGAUUGCUUUUUGUACUCACUGCUCCUGACAAAAGAAGUACGUGGAAAGUCUAUCAGUGUUGACUAUGGUUGGGCUACUCAUGCUUGCAACUACUGGAUAUGUGAUGGAAUACUUGAUGGAAUAGUCAGAGCUUGGGAGGUUGGCAAUGCGUUGUGUGGAGUGAUACCACCGCUGGGAUAUUUUCCAGAUGAAACAGCAGUUCUGGUAAGUUGGUUGGACAGAAACAAAAAACCCUACGAAGGCUGGAAUUCAAUCACCUCAAACAAACAAGCAGCACAGAAUAUCUCUGUUGUCCAUGUUAAUGCAACAUCCUAUUUUCUAACAUUUGAGGGUGACAACUAUGUCUUGUUGCCACGGAUGAUUGAACUGAUGACCAAUCUCAGGGAGCUAAAUACAAAGGGAGUAUCAUGGAGGACUAUAAGCCAUGCCUGGAAAAAGCUACAGAAUCUGCACAAGCUCCGGUUAACUGAAUUUUCAGAUGUGAUAACAGUGGACAAUUGCUCUGCCAUAGACAUGAUGAACCUCGAGCUCCUUGACUUUUCUGGGAACACUCACAUGGAAUCAUUGCCUGAAAUGUCAUCAGCAAGAAGCCUCAAGGUGCUUGUUGUUGAUGGUUGUUCCAACUUGAAACAUGUUUCAUUGGAAGGAGUUCCUUCACAACUCGAGAGUUUUAGCUUUGAUGGUUAUGGCCCAGCAGAGAAUUGGGGUCAUCCCAUACAACUGCCAAGAAAGGAAUCCCGCCCGAAGUCUUGCGUGGAACCAAUGGAAGAAGCCAAGGUAUCAAGGAUCUCCUUAGAGGGUUGCGCUCGAUUGCAUAGCAUAUUCUUGCGUGCAUUGUUCAACCUGAAGGAGUUGGACAUGUCAGGUACGGCCAUCAAAACAAUUGAUCUCGGUGCAAUGGAUGUCCCACGGCUCAAGAAGCUAUUCCUACAGGGUUGUGAGCAACUCCAUAGUUUAGUCUGGGAUGGACUAAACCCGACAUUGGAAGUGCUACAUGUAGACACUAAUCGGGGGAUGACGAGAUCAGGGUUCUGCUGUGGAGAACAGAGGUCCGUUGACUUUGAGGCAUGUAUUUGUUUUACAGAUGGACGGUUUCUUUGGUUGCCCAUAAAAGCACUAUAUGCCCGAAUCAGGAGGGAAGAUUCCAGACAUACAAGGAGAAUCUUUCUUUCUCCAAGAGAAUAUGCUUUUUCCUCCGGUUACUCGAAAGUGCACCUCCAUAUAUCUUCUUCAAUCACUAAAAGUAUAGGGGAGAUCCCCCCAAGCCAGGAGGAUCAUAUUCCAAUGGUGCCAUUUCUACAUUACAAGGAUGUCGUCGUCCGUGCAAAGGAUAUAACAUGUUUGUCCUUGGUGUCGGACUGCCAACAGCUUCAUCCUUUGGACUGCCAUAUCGAGAUUGGAAAAGGAAGCCAUGAUUUAGAGACUAUGCUGAUGGACUCAGGUUCUUUCUCUUGGUGUGUACGAUCAAUGCAUGUGCAUGACAAUUCCUCGGUCACAACUAUCCCGCACACUUCAGCAGACUGGGGUAAUUUAAAAUGGUGUCGUGCAGAGAGGUGCCCCAAAAUGUUGGCUCUCUUUACUUCAGGACUUCAGCACUUCCGUUCUUUAAGGACACUUUCGGCGUCUGAUCUCCGGAUGGCCUAUUGCAUCUUGGGUAGAGGCCUCAAUAAUAUCGGGAAAUAUAUCUUCGAAGCACUACAGUAUAUAUACCUACACAAUUGCCCCAGGUUGGUAUUCGUCAUCCCCAUUUCGACCUUCACCUUGCCAAGCUUGGAGACUCUCCACAUAGCAUACUGCAGUAAGCUGCAACAUGUUUUCCCAUUGGAUGACAAGCAUUCCGAAGAAAUAGCAUCUGGUGUCACAUUCAAUAACCUGAAGCACAUCAAGCUGUACCAUCUCCACAGUCUAGAGCAGAUAUGUGAGGCCAGACUGACCGCGCCGUCGUUGGAAACCAUCAGCCUCAGGGACUGUUGGGGCCUCAGGCGGCUUCCCGCUAUAGGCUCUAAGCUACCAAUGGUGGACUGCGAGAAUGACUGGUGGGAGAGGCUGGAGUGGGAUGGCUUGGAGGCCAACCAUGACCCGUCGCUCUUCCAAACACGCCACUCGAAUUACUACAAGAAGACCCUCCCGAGGGUCUCCGUUCUGAGGUAA